GUCACCGGAAGUGCCGAAUCCGAAGUGCCUACAGAACAGAGCACGCUGGGAAGUGUAGUCCAGGCUGUGUUCCUGGCUGUCCAGACCUUGCAGGACAUUGGAGCGAAGGUUUAACUGGUAGCCUCUCGAUCAUGUUGAGGGCGAAGGUGAAGCAUCUGGUGCUGGGGAACAUAAAGCCGAUCCCUGCGCCAAUCAGACUGCCGGCCUUCCUCAGACUCAGCAGCUGCCCCUCCAUAAGGAGCCAUCAAACCUUACACCCAGAAUGGGCGGCUCUAGCCAAGAAACAGCUGAAGGGGAAGGACCCAGAGAGUCUGAGGUGGCAUACACCCGAGGGCAUUGUGAUAAAGCCUCUAUACACCAAGAGAGACACGGUGGAUACACCCGAGGAGCUGCCUGGAGUAAAACCCUUCACCCGCGGUCCAUACCCUACUAUGUACACACACAGACCCUGGACUAUACGGCAGUACGCUGGCUUCAGCACAGUGGAGGAGAGCAACAAGUUCUAUAGGGACAACAUCAAAGCUGGUCAGCAGGGCUUGUCUGUUGCCUUUGAUCUGGCCACCCAUCGCGGCUAUGACUCCGACAACCCUCGAGUUCAUGGAGACGUCGGCAUGGCGGGGGUGGCGAUUGACACAGUAGAAGACACUAAGAUGCUGUUUGAUGGCAUUCCGCUGGAGAAGAUGUCUGUCUCUAUGACCAUGAAUGGUGCCGUCAUACCCAUCCUGGCCAUGUUCAUAGUCACUGGUCAGGAGCAGGGCGUUCCUCAGGAGAAUUUGACCGGAACCAUACAGAAUGACAUCCUAAAGGAGUUCAUGGUCAGGAACACAUAUAUAUUUCCUCCAGAGCCUUCCAUGCAAAUCAUUGCUGAUAUCUUCCAGUACACAUCUCAGUGCAUGCCAAAAUUCAACUCCAUCUCCAUCAGUGGGUACCACAUGCAGGAAGCCGGAGCAGAUGCCAUCUUGGAACUGGCAUAUACAGUAGCUGAUGGGUUGGAGUAUUGCAGAACUGGCCUGAAAGCUGGUCUGAGCAUUGAUGAAUUUGCACCCCGAUUAUCCUUCUUUUGGGGCAUCGGGAUGAAUUUUUAUAUGGAAAUAGCAAAGAUGAGAGCAGGAAGACGUCUGUGGGCGUAUCUGAUAGAGAAGAAUUUCCAGCCUAAAGCUCAGAAAUCCCUCUUACUGCGAGCUCACUGCCAGACCUCUGGCUGGUCCCUAACUGAACAGGAUCCUUAUAACAACGUUGUUCGCACUGUGAUUGAAGCCAUGGCGGCGGUGUUUGGAGGCACUCAAUCGCUGCACACCAACUCCUUUGACGAGGCGCUAGGAUUGCCUACCGUGAAGAGUGCCAGGAUAGCCCGGAACACCCAGAUUAUCAUCCAGGAAGAGUCUGGUAUCCCUGAAGUGGCCGAUCCCUGGGGAGGUUCCUACAUGAUGGAGUGUCUAACUGAGGACGUUUACCAAGCUGCUCUAAAGCUGAUUGAGGAGGUAGAAGAAAUGGGUGGCAUGGCCAGAGCUGUGGCCGAGGGAAUCCCCAAGCUCCGCAUUGAGGAGUGCGCAGCCCGGAGGCAGGCCAGAAUUGACUCAGCUUCUGAGGUCAUUGUCGGGGUGAAUAAGUACCAGCUGGAAAAGGAAGAGUCUGUGGAGGUCCUUGCUAUUGAUAACACGUCUGUCCGCAACCUGCAAAUUGAGAAGCUCAAAAAGGUCAAAGCCAGCAGAGACAGUGCUGCUGCGGAGCGGUGUCUAAACGCCAUAACAGAAUGUGCUUCUACAGGAAAGGGCAACCUUCUGGGGCUUGCGGUUGAUGCGGCUCGUGCAAGGUGCACUGUGGGCGAAAUUACAGACGCAAUGAAGAAGGUGUUUGGAGAACACAAAGCCAGCGAUCGGAUGGUGAGUGGAGCUUACCGCCAGGAGUUCGGAGAGAGUGAAGAAAUAUCCUUCACUUUAAAAAGGGUGCAGGGUUUUGUAGAUCGAGAAGGACGGAGACCUCGUCUACUCGUGGCAAAAAUGGGGCAGGAUGGCCAUGACAGGGGGGCAAAGGUUAUUGCCACUGGGUUUGCUGACCUGGGAUUCGACGUGGACAUUGGACCCCUUUUCCAGACUCCACGUGAGGUGGCCCAGCAGGCCGUGGAUGCGGAUGUGCACUGUGUGGGUGUGAGCACGCUGGCGGCAGGUCAUAAAACGCUCGUUCCAGAACUCAUCAAAGAGCUGAGUGCCUUAGGACGCCCGGAUAUUCUGGUUAUGUGCGGAGGAGUCAUCCCACCACAGGACUAUGACUUCCUAUUUAAUGCUGGAGUCUCCAGCGUGUUUGGACCAGGAACCCGAAUUCCCAAGGCUGCUGUCCAAGUAAUCGAUGAUAUUGAACGAAGCCUGGAAAAACGACAGCAGUCCCUUUAAAGCAAUGGCCUCUGCUCAAGAUAUGUCCAAUGACUCUACUGUGAUCAGUGGGUGGAGUCGGUGACCAGUGGGAG